UCCCAUGCACGAAAGAUGGGUGGUGAUUUGCUUAGCUGAGGAAAUACUUCUCAUUUUCUGCGUUAUUUCAGAACUACUACAAUCGAAUGACAACUGAGUAAGAUCCGGAUCAGAACUAGCAAGGUGCCUUGUUGAAAGGCGCGCACGACCAGCCAUGUUUGACGAGAACAAGAAAGUCUGGGUGCCAGACGUCGCCGAGGGGUUCCAGCUCGGCCGCAUUGAAGACAUUGGUGCAGAGUCUAUCACCGUGGCCCCCAUCAACAAGCCUGGAAAGCCUGUGGUUGCACCGUACGCUCGUGUUUUCCCCGCAGAAGAGGAUGAACAGAAGACGGUCGAUGAUAACUGUGCGUUGAUGUACUUGAACGAGGCAACACUCUUGAACAAUCUCAGGCUGCGUUACAAGAUCGGCAAGAUUUAUACCUACGUGGCCAACAUUCUGAUUGCGGUCAACCCCUACAAAGAGCUGAAGAACCUGUACGGCAAUGAAAAGAUCAGGAACUACAACGGGAAGUCCCUUGGUGUACUACCUCCCCACGUCUUUGCUAUCGCGGACAAGGCUUUCCGUGACAUGAAAGUGACCAAGAUGAGCCAGUCCAUCAUCGUGAGCGGUGAGUCGGGUGCCGGUAAGACAGAGUCAACCAAAUACAUCCUGAGGUAUCUAACUGAAAGCCACGGGCAGGGCGCGGGCACCAUUGAGCAGCGUAUCGUGGAGGCCAACCCUCUCCUGGAAGCCUUUGGCAAUGCCAAGACUAUGAGGAACAACAACAGUAGUCGCUUCGGCAAGUUUGUGGAGAUGCACUUCAGUGAGAAGUAUUCUGUGGUUGGUGGCUACGUGUCUCACUACCUCCUAGAGAAGCCUCGUGUAAUCUGGCAGAACAGUGAAGAACGUAACUACCAUAUAUUUUACUACCUGUGCGCCGGGGCGCCAGACAAUGUACGCAAAGACCUGGGCAUAAAGACACCAGACGACUACCAGUAUCUUAAGAACGGCAACACUCUCUACUUCACCACCAAGGAGACCCACAAGAGCCUGCCUGAUGAUAGGAAGAGUAAAUUGUACAAGAAAUAUGGGGGCCUCUAUGACAUCACCCUGGACGACUACAAAGGCUACUCGCGUGUGGAAGGCGCUAUGAAGAAAAUCGGCCUGGACGACAAGGAGAAGAUGAACAUCUUCCGCGUGGUGGCCGGAGUGAUGCAUCUUGGGAAUGUGAGCUUCAAGGUGUCCGACGGAACCCAAGGGGGUUGUUUUGUGCCGGACGGGGCUGUGAGUGAACUGACCAAGACGGCCGAGCUUCUGUCAGUCCCCGUCAACGACCUGCAGGAAUGCCUGACCAGCCGCAUCAUGCAGACCAGCAAGGGAGGCCACCGGGGAACACUCAUCAAGGUACCGCUGAAUGUGGAUCAGGCCUGCAACGCCCGGGAUGCCCUGGCCAAGGGCAUCUACUCCCGCCUCUUUGACCGCAUCGUCCAGCGGGUCAACGAGUGCUUCCCCUUCCAGUCCUCCCAGUCCUACAUCGGCGUGCUGGACAUCGCCGGCUUCGAGUUCUUCACCCUGAACAGCUACGAGCAGUUCUGCAUCAACUACUGCAACGAGAAGCUCCAGCAGUUCUUCAACAAGCGUGUGCUCAAGGAGGAGCAAGAGUUAUAUCAGAAGGAAGGCCUGGGUGUCAACACCGUGCAGUAUGUUGACAACCAAGAUGCAAUCGAUCUGAUUGAAAGUAAGCCGUCUGGCAUCCUAGAACUCCUGGAUGAAGAGAGUAAACUUCCCAAGGCCAGCCCCAACAACUUCACUCACGCUGUGCAUCAGAAACACAAGAACCACUUCCGACUUGAGAUUCCAAGGAAGUCCAAGCUGACGAGCCAUCGUAAUCUACGAGACGACGAAGGGUUCCUCAUCCGGCAUUUUGCUGGCGCAGUGUGCUAUCAAACGAAUGAAUUCAUUGAGAAGAACAACGAUGCCCUCCACUCGUCUCUGGAGCACCUGGUUCAGGAGAGCAAGGAAGAGUACGUCAAGAGUCUCUUCCCUGGGCCCCCGGCCCUCCCUUUCAUCUCCAAACUGGCCUUCGAGAGCAUCGGCAUGAAAUUCAAGACACAACUCAAUCUGCUCAUGGACAAACUGGAGAGCACCGGUUCGUCUUUCAUCCGUUGCAUCAAGCCCAACGGCAAGAUGGUGGACGAUCUCUUUGAGGGUGGCCAAAUCCUCAGUCAACUCCAGUGCUCAGGUAUGGUGACUGUAUUGGACCUUAUGCAAGGGGGCUUUCCAUCACGUACACAGUUUUCUGAUCUUUAUGAAAUGUACAAGAAAUAUAUGCCUGCUGAACUGGUGCGUCUAGAUCCCCGUCUCUUCUGCAAGGCCCUGUUCCAUGCCUUGGGCCUGGAUGACCGCGACUACAAGUUCGGCCUGACCAAAGUCUUCUUCCGCCCGGGCAAGUUCGCCGAGUUUGACAAAAUGAUGAAGGGCGACCCGGAGACCCUGCGGGAGCUGAUCAAGAAGGUGCGGCGCUGGCUGAUCUGUACACGCUGGAAGAAGGGACAGUGGGGCACCCUCAUGGUCAUCAAAUUGAAGAACAAGAUCCUUUACCGCCGCAACGCUCUGAUUAAGAUGCAGAGCAUGGUGCGCAUGUUCCUGGCCGUCCGCAAGCAUCGCCACCGGUACCGGGGACUGAUGCAGGUCCGUCUGCUGCAGAAGGAGCUGCAGCAGAUGAACGAAAUCGCCAAGGGUGUCCAGGACGUCACGACCAAGAAGCAGGCUGAAGACGUGGGCAGAGAGCUGGUGGCUCUGAUGCACAGGAUCAAGACCAACGCCAAGAUGCAGCGGCGGGACAUCGAGGACGCCCACCUGAUCCUGGCCGAGAAGCUGCGGCGGCAGAUCCAGCUGCUGAUGCAGAAGAAGGCGGCGGAGGAGGCCGAGCGGGAGCGGCUGCGCCGCAUCCAGGAGGAGAUGGAGCGGGAGAGGAAGCGGCGGGAAGAAGAGGAGCGACGCCGCAAGGAGGAGGAAGCGGAACGAGAGCGGAAACGCAAGCUGGAAGAGGAAGAACGCAGGAAGAAAGAGGAGAUGGAACGACGGCGGCUUGAGGAGGAAGCCUCCCUCCAGAAGAAGCUGGAAAUGGAGAGGAAGAGGCUGGAGGACGAAAGACGACAGUUUGAGCUAGACAAGAAGAAACAAGCAGAGGAGACGGCCCGACUCCAGGAGGAACUUAGAAGGCAAGCGCAGCUGGAGCAGGAGCGUCGAGAUCACGAGCUGGCGCUCCGCCUGGCCCAGGAAGCAGAGUCGCAGGUGGUGCCCGUGGAGGAACCGGUCAGAAUGGACAUGGCCACCGUGGUGAAUGCGGCCAUGGCCGCGGCAGCACCCACGCCGAAGUACGACCUGGCCAAGUGGAAGUACGCUGAGCUGCGCGACACCAUCAACACGUCCACAGACGUUGAACUCUUAGCUGCUUGCAAGGAGGAGUUCCAUCGCCGCCUGAAGGUCUACCACGCCUGGAAGAUGAAGAACAAGAAGCAGACGGAGCCCAAGCAGGAGAGAGCUCCUCAGGCUGUCAUGCAGAACACCAUGCAGGCUCCUCUCAUUCCUACCCCGGCCGCUUCCCCGGCCGCCCCCACCAACAACACCCAGCGCUUCUUCCGCGUGGCCUUUGCCCGCCCCAACGCGGGUGUGCGCCAGCGCAGCGUCUGGUAUGCCCACUUUGAUGGCCAGUGGAUUGCCCGACAGAUGGAAGUUCACGGGGAUAAGCCCCCCAUCCUACUGAUAGCAGGCAAGGACGAUCUGAGCAUGUGCGAGAUGAGCCUGGAGCAGACGGGCUUGACUCGCAAGGCGGGGGCGGAGAUCGUCCAGCGGGAGUUCGAGGAGGAGUGGAACCGGCACAACGGACAGCAGCUGCUAGCCGACGCCAUCCGCACGGGGCAGGCCCGCAAGACCUUCGCCACAGAGUCGCUACGAAAGCAGUACCAGCUGUAAUGAUUACCACUUGUUGUAUGAAACGGCCCAUGCUCUCUAGCAAGCCGCUUAAUGAGUCAAUGUGUGACUCAGAAAGGCCAGGUCGUUUGAGAAUAAGGCACCCGAUGUCACCUCAGCUCAUAUGUCUUCAGUACAUGAGUCAACGUGUGGUCAGACUGAUAGGGCUGACCUCACCUGCACUUGUUUCUCGAUUGACCUACGUACUUCAUUUUGUACCUGAGCUUUUGGAAUACCAAGCCAGCUUUGUUAUAGUGACACCCGAAAGUGAUCUAGAAAAGGUAGUAAAUUGAAACAUGAUUUAUAGAAUACUGGCGGCAUUAGCCCCUUUUGUUUUUUGGCUCUUUUAAUACAGGCGAUUCACAAUAGUGCGCCACCAAGAGUUUGCAACGC